AUGUUCAUCUAUAUUAAUUUCAACUUACGUAAACGUUUUAAAAAUGAAGAAACAAAUAUAAAAACGAAUGAAAAUGACGAUGAACAUUUUGAUGAUAUACUGGAAUCAAUUUAUAUUGAAAAACUUCUUUCAAUACUUUCAAUAUGUCAUUCAUCACUAGAUUCAUUACCAUCAAUACCAUUAAAUUCUUCAACAAAAUUUCUUGCUGCAUCAAUAACAUCAACAAAUCAAUAUUCAUCAUUUAUACAUAAAACAAUACAUUUAAAUAUAAAUGAUCUAAUAUCUGUUGAUGAUAGUAUUUAUUAUUGUUUAUCAUCAUUUAUAUCACAACCAAAUUAUUUUAUACCAAUAAUUCAUCAUUAUUUAACAACAAAUCCAUGA